CAGUCGCAGCCUCAAGCUCAUCCAGCAAAGUCGCUUCAAGCCCCCACAACAAACCACCAAUAAUCAAAAUGAAAUUCCUUGUUGCGUUCGCCCUGUUCGCCUGCGUGGCCGCCGAUGUGAGCCAUCUGAGCAACGAGUACCUGCCGCCCCUCCAGCAGUCGUACGCCGCCCCCUCGGUGAGCUACUCGGCCCCCGCCGUCCAGCAGUCGUACGCCGCCCCUGCCAUCCAGCAGAGCUACUCCGCCCCCAGCAACGAGUACCUGCCGCCCGUGCAGAGCUACUCCGCCCCCGUUGUCCAGAGGACCUACUCCGCUCCGGCUGUCCAGAGGACCUACUCCGCUCCCUCGGUCAGCUACUCUGCUCCCUCGGUCAGCUACUCGGCACCCUCAGUGAGCUACUCCGCCCCCGCUGUCCAGCAGAGCUAUGCUGCCCCCGCGGUCAGCUACUCCGCCCCCGCUGUCCAGCAGUCGUACUCCGCUCCCUCCGUCAGCUACUCCGCUCCCUCGGUUAGCUACUCCGCUCCCUCGGUCAGCUACUCCGCCCCCGCUGUCCAGCAGACGUACGCCGCCCCCUCCGUCAGCUACUCCGCCCCGUCGGUGAGCUACUCCGCCCCCUCCGUGGAUGUGGGCACCCAGUACGCCUCCAACGGAGGAUACGUCUACAGGAAGUAAGGAGGCAAGGAGCUCAGAGGCCUGCAACUGAAUCCGAAACAGUGUAAAUACAUGCAUACUGCCCCAGUUCACCAUCCCCCCUCCUUCUUUUUUUUGUGCACUGUAAACUAUUUUAACAACGAAAAGUAAAAUGCCAAUAAUCCGAAAAAAAAACAAAA